UUCUCUUCGUUUUCAUCGUCAGUCAAAUUGCGAACGUGUCCGCGCGCGCAACGUUCUAACGUUUUCUUUUUCUCUUCUUUCUUGCUUCUCUUUGCUAUACUUAAAUUUUUCUUUCGCUUCGCACCGUGAUCACGAACACGCUCAUGCGAGUUCAUUUUCCAAAACGAAUAAAGAGACAAUAAAGAGAGAAAAAUAUAGAGAGAAAAAUAAAGAGAGAAAAAUAUAAAGAGAGAAACAGAGAGAGAAAAAGAGAGAAAGAGAGAGAGUAAGAGAGAGAUAGAGAGAGAGAGAGGUGGAAAAUAGCCCAGGAAUAAAUAGCACACCGGUAGCUAGCAGUAAUUUGGUAAUAUUAUAGUAGUAUAGUACUACCUCUCGCCUCUCUCAAAGUAGCAUUACGGAAAUAGACAUCUUUUGAAGAAGAGGAAGAAGAAACGAAGAAAAUAGGAGUGUAAAGAAAGAAAUAAAAAGAGAGAGAGAGAGAGAGAGAGAGAGAGAGAGAGAGAGAGAGAGAAAGAAAGAGAGACUACGAGUUUACACACUCUCAAGGAAAAAUAUAAAAAUUCUUAACCAGAAUGAAGGGUUUGACUUUGUUAUUUUUGAUUCUGACGACUGUGGCAACGAUAACAAAGGUAGGAUGGUGUCACGAUCCCUUCCAAGUGAUAUUCCAAUGGAACACGAUAGAUGUGGUUUGGCCAUCGGAAGACAUGCGUCAAUUAGCCAUUCGAAAGGGCGACUAUAUACCAGCGAACAAUUUGAUAGCAGGUAUUAAGUUUUGGAAAAAUAAAAUGUAUUUAACGAUACCAAGGUGGAAGGACGGUGUGCCCGUAACAUUGGGUGUUACGUCGGCGACACCGAUCGAAAGAAAUACGGCACCGAAGUUGGAAGCUUUUCCUAAUUGGAAUAUGCAAAAGGUCGGGGAUUGUAAUGCCUUUCAAUUGGUUCAUAGUAUGGAGAUUGAUCCGAAAGGCCGAAUGUGGGUACUCGACACUGGAAGGCCCGCUGCCUUGACCGUGGACGUUAAGUCCGAGUGUAAGCCUCGCUUGGUUAUCCUCGACCUUGAGAAAAAGGGUGAAAUACUUCGUAGUUACGAGUUCCCAGAAGAUGUUGCCCCUCGUAACACGGCCUACCUCAACGAUAUAGUUUUAGAUCAUGAGGAUGGCGGUAUGGCUUAUAUAACCGAUAAUGGUAACAUCGAUCCUGGUAUUAUUGUUUAUUCUUUAAUGAAUAAUACAUCUUGGAAGAUCAGACACGAAUCGAUGAAGGCUAAAGCCGAGGCCGUAGGAUUCAUGGUUGCAAAAACUCACGUAAUAUUACCGAUUCACGUUGAUGGGAUCGCACUUUCACCGGCAAGCAGCAAGGAUAGACAGGUCUAUUAUUCUCCCAUAUCCUCCUUUCAUCUUUAUUCCUUACCUACUUCCGUUUUAAAAAAUAAUACGAAGAACAUAGAUCGAUUUGUCAAAGAACUUGGCCGAAAGAACUCCCAAACCGAUGGUAUGGCAAUGUCCGCCACCGGUGUACUUUAUUUCGGUCUUCUCGCCGAUGACGCCGUCUCUACCUGGGAUACCAAACAAUCGAAUUCUUUUACAACCGGUCAAAGGAUCAUAUCAAGGGAUCACAUUCACAUGCAAUGGCCCGAUACGUUUGCUUUUGACGAGGACGGUAACUUUUAUUGCGUUACCAAUUCGUUUCAAAACUUUAUCAACAAUCGCGUAGACAUAGACGUGCCCAAUUAUCGUGUUAUAAAAACACGUGCAAUGUCCAAGAGUUAUCAAUAUUUCGAAGAUGGUUCGAUACCAAUACUACCGGAUAUUACUGCUGGCGUCGGUACAAUUUCCUACUUUCUACCAUCGUUAUUAUUACCUUUUCUCCUUCUUCAUCUUCUUAAGUAAUUUUACGUCCAUCCAUCCAUUCAUUCAUCCAUCCAUCCAUCCAUCCAUCCAUACAUACAUACAUACAUACAUAUAUCCAUUCAUACAUUAGUUAAUCCAUUUGUUCAUUCAUCUUUUUUCGAUUCAUCCUAAAAUCCAUGCGUUCGAACGUGUAUAUAUAUAUAUAUAUAUAUAUAUAUACAUAUAUAUAUAUAUAUAUUCUUGGUCGAUUAUUCGACCGUCAACGACGUUUCGAAGCUCGGAUGAUCUCUUAUGGUACUUUUUUCAAGCAUUAAAGAAUUAAUUGAGGAUGGGUUUUAAUGCCAAUGGAAACAAAUAUCUUGACCUAUAUACGAUGUAUAUACAUGCAUACAUAUAUAUGUACCUAUUAACGAAGGAGAUUUCGUUUGAGCUACAAUCAUCGAUUUUACAUAUGAAACAAAAAUAUAGAUAACGGAGGGGAAUAUAUAGAAUGGACAAAAAAAGAAAAAAAGACAAAAAAAAAUAAAAGAAAAAGAAAAAGAAGAAAAAAAGGAAAGAACAAAAAUUUCAAUCCAAAUCGUGCGAAUAUUCGACUUCUUCUUUUUAUCUUUUGAAUAUAAUGUAUCAUAUCAAUUUAAUAUCAAUAUAAUGUAUCAUAUCAAUUUAAUUCUCUAUGCAUAAAUGCUAUGUCGUAAGAUCUAUGCUAGAUCAGGUUAGUAGAGAUUUGCGAGAACAAUAUGUGUUUGAACGUUGACAUUCCAAAAAAAAAAAAAAAAAAAUAUAAUCUCCCUAUCAACCAAUUGAAAUUUGCGAUAUGAGCAAUAAAUAAACUAUCUCACUAGGAAUCAGCAUUUUUCGUUUGUCUCGAGACUAACGACAUAGCAAGAGUCGCGACGCUUUUUCUCUUAAUAUUUUAAUCUCUGUUUUUAUAAUUGUCGAAGGGAAAAAAAGGAAAAAAAACGAGUAAAAUAAAUAAAUAAAAAAAAAAAAAGAGAGAAAAAGGAAAAGAAAAGAAAAAAUACAUAGUAACAAGGAGCAGUUGUAAAAUGGCAUUAACGGAAACCUGAAAUCUCUACGAAAUUACAUUUUUAUAUGAUAUGACAAUAUCAAAAUGAAGAAAAGAUCAAACGAAAGUUAAAAAAAGUUUAAAAACGAAGAGACACGAAUGGUUACAACGAACGCACGACCUCGUUUCACGCGUAAACUUUGACUAGAGGUUCGAGAUUAGAGAGAAACGGCAACGUUACGCGAUCGUCUAACGACAGAGGGAAAAAAGGGAAGAAAGAUAGAGAGAUAAAGAGAGAGAGAGAGAGAGAGAGAGAGAGAGAGAAUCGUGAGUAGAACUUAUUGUCAGUAGUCAAGAACAUUCUUCUUGCACAUUGAACGUGUGAGAGAAAAGGAAGAAAGAUAAACUGGCGUGGCAAGUACCCGGGUUACUUUGUUACUAUGACCCAAGCAGAAAAACAUGUUCGCCUUUAUAAUCAUCUUACUUUUAGUUGUAAUUUCUUAAUGCAUAUCUGUGUCAACGUAUUCGCGAUUUACGUUAUUCAAAUUUUUAUGGGAACGAUUCUGAUCUUCGACAAUAUCAAUUGUGUGUUCAAAAGCAUACAAGUACCUUUGAAUUUCAAUAGGCAUUAGAUAUAUCAAUGAAUGAUUCGUAAUCUCAUUCAAUGUAUGUUGAUUAACGUCAAAAGAGAUGAUCAAAGAUAUCUAUUAGAAUACAAAUUGACGAUUAAUGAUUAACUAUUGAAAUAUUCUUUCUUUCGAAUCUUCAUUUUGUAAUUCCAUCGACAAUUAUUAUUUAAAUGAAUGAUUAAAAAAUUAGUUUCUAUCAAAAAAAAAAAAAAAAUCGAGAUUAAUUAAUACGGAAUAAAUAUUCAUUGAAAAUAAUUAGAAUAUAUAUAUAUACAUAUGUAUAUAUAAUAUUUUAUACAACUAUAAAAUCAAUCAAAAUGUUACAAGACGUUAAAAUCUUUUAUUUAAAAAAGGAAAUAUUGCAAAGAAGGUUGUUCUAUCUUUCACUUUCUCGUUUAAAAGCAUUUCUCACAAUUGUGUUUGCCUUUCGAUACGCACAACGAUUCGCGUUCCACUUUUCUUCUCUCUCUUUUUUUUUCUCUCUCUCUCUCUCUCUCUCUCUCUCUAUCUAUCUAUCUAUCUCUCUUUCUUGUGAUAGGUACUUUAAAACGAAAAAGAAGACAUCGCCUUGCCUCGCCUCGUUUCAUCUUCUAAAUGAUGCCAAAGCGUGUGCAGGCAGGCGGACGCGCGAGGGUGAGGCUCCUCAAAUGACGAAAUCUUUCUUGUGAGAACGCUCUUGUAAUCUUUUGCAAUAGAUAAACCACGAUCCCACCCAGAGAUAGAUAUUAAUAUGAGAUAACGUUUAUACAAUGCAACGAGAUCUCACCCUCGUUACGCUUUACAUUAAAUUCCAUUUGAUUCGAAUAAACGAUCGAAUGGUUGAUAAUAACGCAUGAAAAAUCUUCUCAACUUAUAAAACUUUCCUUUCUUUCUCCUUUCUUUCAUUAUUUAAUUAUUUUUAUUCAUAUAUAGUACUUUGGAAAAUCUACACUUUGCGUAACCUUUACCAUAGAAACGUGAUAGAAAGUGAGAUUUCAAGAAAGCGUUAGAGACGAUAUAGAAACACGCAGGGAAGCACACGCUUACGAAUAAUCUUUCCUAGUUGUAAUAAUUGACUCGUUCAAAUUUCUUUUCUUUGUUUCUUUUUUUUCGCUUUUUUUCCUUUAACAACAACAAAAGAAUACAAUUUAACAAAUCAUAUUCUAUAACUAAACAUAGUAUUUAGAAAUCGCGUGGUUUCGUAGAGAUUCACAGGUGUAUUAAUGACAUAAAAAAAUAAAAAAUCUUCUUCACGUUAUUAUGUUAUCAUAAAAAAAAAAAAAAAAAAAAAAAAAAAAAAAAAAAAAAAAAAAA